ACUAUCUUUUUUUGGUCGCCCGAGACACAAGUUGGUGUAAAUGGUCUUUGAUGUUACCCUACCCGGUUUAACAGUUUACGUUUGUUUACGUUCUCCAUUUUAUAUCGUUUUUUAAUCUAAUUUGGUGUUUAUUCUUCCUUGUAUUAUUCUUAUUUAUAGUUUGUAUUUUUAGUGUUAAUUAGUUAUUUAGUGUGUUAAUUAGUUGUUUAGUGUGUAUAUUUGAGACUAUUAUUUAACCAAUUAUUUUUAUUGUCGAUCAACUUGUUGGAGGCGUCAACAAAAAACCAUGCCAUUCUUGGUGAACUGUUGUGUACCACAAUGUGGCACUCCUCAUUCUUCACCAAUACGCCACAAAUUUCCAAGACCCACUAUUGAUAUGGAACGGUUUCGAAAAUGGGUAGAGAAUAUCAAUAAUCCAGAAUUGGCAAAUAUGAAUCCACAGACCAUAUACUCCAGGAAAAGAGUGUGCCAUCGACAUUUUGAACAAUUAUUUUGUUCUUCAACAUCGCAUAGACUUCAUCAAAAUGCAGUUCCUACAUUAUACUUAACUGGAUGCAGUGGUUCUCAAUCAACAAUAGUGAAUGAAGAACUUAUUGAUAAUGUGAAACUUGAUAUUGUUGGACCUUCUGAGUUGGAAACAUUGACUACAGAAGAUUAUGUUGAUGCUUCUAAAUCUAGUUUAGAUGAAACACAUAUGCCCAUCGAAACUGGGGAAAAUUCUGGACUGCAAAAAGUGGUUACAAAAGAACAACCUCUUGGCUUCUUGUCCCCUCUGAAAAUACUGAAGAAGUCAGGUAAUUCCAAACACACAUUGUCACCAAGAAAAGCCAAACUAUAUUCUGCUGUUAAGGAUCUUCACAAAAAAUACAGUGUGGUGAAAAAUACCACAAAAACUUUAAAACGCAGGCUUUUUGAAGCAGCUGAAUUUAAAAAGAAAUAUCUUUUUGAUGAUAAUUUAAAUAGCUUAAACACUAUGACAGCUAUGUUUAUUCGCUGUCAAAUACGAGAAUCAAAUAAAUCAAAACAUUUGAGGCGAUUUUCGCUAAAUGAGAAAUUGAUGGCAUUAACAUUGUAUAAGCAGAGUGCUAAGUCCUACAAUUUGUUGUCAAAAAUAUUCAUUUUACCUAGUAAGUCUACUUUAAAUAGACUACUUGCAAAUAUUAUUGGAGGACCAGGUAUAAAUGAGGUAGUUUUUCAAUCCCUACAAGAAACGACAGCGAAAAUGGAUUCCUCUGAAAAAUAUGUAGGUUUAAUCUUUGAUGAAAUGGCAAUCAUGCCAGGACUCCAUUUUAAUGAACGACAUGGCCUUAUAGAAGGAUUUGAGCAUAUGGGAGAAAAUAGGGAUAUUUUCAUUAGUGACCAUAUUCUAAUGUUCAUGGUAAGAGGUUUAAAAAAAUCAUGGAAAGCACCUAUUUCGUACCAUUUUGCAAGUAGGGGUGGUGCAAAAACAUUUCAAAUUAAAAAUUUAUUAAUUGAAAUAAUUCAGAAACUUAGAAGCAUUAAUCUUAAACCAAUUACAGUAAUAUGUGACCAGAAUAAUAGUGCUGUAAUAAAUAGUUUGAUAAAAGAUACCAAAGAGAUUUAUAUGCGAAAUGGACAACUAAAUAAAUAUAGAAGUGGUUCUUUUGAAAUAGCAGACUUAAGAAUUUACCCAAUAUUUGAUCCUCCACAUUUGCUAAAGGGAAUAAGAAACAAUUUAUUAAAAAAAAAUCUUAAUUUUGUUAAAAAUGGUGUAAAAAAAACUGCAAAAUGGGAGCACAUACAGUGGUUGUAUGAGUCUGAUAAUGGACCAAUUGAUGGGCUUAGAGUUUUAUCUCAUAUAACAGAUGAACACAUAUAUUGUAACAAAAUCAAGAAGAUGAAGGUAAAAAAUGCUGCCCAAAUAUUUAGUCAAAGAUUUUCUGCUACCCUCCAGCUGGCAGGAAAAUUAUAUUCUCAAGAUCAGACAGAGAGUGAAGUACAAGCAACAGCAGAGUUGCUGUAUUUUUUUGAUAGACUCUUUGACAGUUUAAACGGUUCUACCAAAAAUGCAGAAUGUGGCAAAACCUUACGAUGUGGUUUGACUGAUGUAUCUGCCCAUAUCCAAUUUUGGAAUAAUGAAGCUCUGCCAUUUCUUGAAACGAUGGAAUUUGAGAAGAAAACACCCCAUCAACAAUCAAAACCUCCAAGCCUUAAAAAUUGGUCAUUUUCAAUAAAAAACAUUAAAGCCAUAUGGCAAAUUCUUAAGGGUGAUGGUUUCAGUUAUUUAUUAACAAGGCGUUUAAACCAAGAUCCUUUGGAAAAUGCCUUUGGUCAAAUAAGAAGCUUUGGAGCAUUAAACAUGAACCCAACAGCUUCUCAGUUUGUAGGAAUUUUUAAAACUUUAUGUAUUAAUACAACUGUAUCCCUAUAUAAACACAGUUUUAAUUGUGAAGAUGAUAAUUGUACACAAAUGUUUAUUUCCUUAAAAAAAAUGAUUGACAGUAUGUCUGAUAAUAGUAAAGAUAAAAACUCUUCAUUGGAAAGUUCAAUUGAUAUAAGCAAACUAUCCUUAAAUCAAUCUGAGGCACAAGCUACAUUUAACCAAAAGCUACAAGAACUAGCUACCAGUUAUGUAGCUGGUUUUAUUUUAAAAAAAUUAAAACGAAUUAUUAAUUGUAGUGACUGUAGAAAUUCAUUAUUUUCAAAAAAUUACGCAGCUGAGCAAAGUGCAUUAAUUGCAACUAGGGAAUAUAACAAUGGUUGGUCUAGGCGACUAUCAUACCCUACUCAACCUUUUGUAUGCUGUUUUUACAGUAUUUUUAAAAUAAUAAAUUUUUGUGUUGACAAACAACCUCAAUCAAAAAUCUUACUUCAUGAAAUUGAAAACCUCAUACAAAGGAAAAUUAAUUUUGAUUAUUUAAAUUGUAGUACUAAUGAACAUAAAAUCAAAAUUAUAAAAUUAAUCAGUAAAUUUUCUAUUAAAACAAUAUUGCACAACUGGUGCAGAAACGUUAAUUUAAUUUUACAAGGAAAGUCGAAAUAUACAGGUACAAACACAGUUAAAGUGGAAGCUAAUAAAAUUUACACAAAUAGGUUGAAGAAGAAAAAUAUAAAAAAACCGAAUGAUAUUAUUUAAAUUUCUGAAAAUUUCAUCAUCUUCGUGUCAUUGUUUUGAAGCUAUUUUCUUGUGGCAUUGUGAAUUAAUUAAUUACUGUAUUUUGAGAACUAUUCCCGAAGUGGAAAUUGAAACGUCAAUAAACGUAUUUUUAUCUUUAAUUGUGGCUUAUUCCCAGUUUAAUAGUAAUUAAUCUUCGUGUUACUACAGCCCUUAAAGGGCCUCGACUUUCUGAAGCUUUCUAUGCCAUUGUGUUAUGUUUAGUUGUGUUACAUAUUUUUCUAUUUUGUAUAUUUUAUAUUAUAGAGGCUACCAACAUAAUUAUUUCAGAUAAAUACUUUAUACUUUGUAUGUUUUCAUUGUAUUAUUACUUUAUAUAAGUAAAUAAAUAUGAUCACUUAUUGUCUUA